AUGUCCGUCGACGACGUCACGGGCCCCAUGGACUGGGAGCAGUUCAACGGGCGGCCGGCGACGGACGACGCCUGGGCCGAGUGGAAGUGCGACGGCACGGUGGCCAACGGCGGGCCCUGCCGCACGCUGGACGACAACGACGACGUCUACCACUGGAACAUGGACGACUACUGCGACGACACGCUCGAGGAGCACACGUGGUACGACACGGGCGGGUCGACGAUCCUCGAGUGCGCGGCAUCCGUCGACGAGUUCGGCUGCGGCAUGAUGUACCAGUACGACCUCGCGGUCGAGUGCUGCCUCACGUGCCAGCCCUGGCAGACGCGGCGCCCGACGCCGCGGCCGUCGAGCUCGCCGACGGUGAAGCCGACGCUGCUCAACGUCACGGACGACGCCGCCUACGUCGACGACGGCGGCGGCGACGGCGCGCUGGGCCUCCGCGGGGCGGCGGGGUUCGCGUCGGGCGGGGCGGCGGGGUUCAGCGGCCCGACGCUCGCGCUCAUCGGCGGCGUGCUCAUCGGCCUCUGCUGCUGCAACCGGUGCUACUACAAGUGCCGCCGCCACUGCUACUCGCGGAAGCCGCCGGACAACAAGGACGACGAGGCCGCCAAGUUCGGCGACGCGGAGCUGGGCCCGCGCCAGGACCUCACGCUCUGCCAGGCCGUCUACCGCGGCUUCUACGAGUGCCUCCAGGCGCUCUGCUGGAAGUGCGGCGUCGUCAUCCCCAAGCCCAUCGACCGCGUCGACUACCUGCGGGGCAAGUUCGAGGGCAAGCAGGUCGACGCCAUGUUCCGGCGCUUCGGCAUCGACGACCCGUCGGAGCGCGUGCGCUGGCAGGACUCCUGGGUCAUGCUCGACGACGACCACUCGGACCUCGUGGACCGGGCGGAGUUCCUGGCCUAUUUCGAGCUCCCCGCGCCCUGGGGCGACCGCGUCUUCGAGAUCAUGCGCGGGUCCGUGCGCGAGGAGCUGAACUUCCUCCAGUUCGUCGAGGGCAUGGUGGCCCUCUGCACGACGGACCGCAAAGCCUGCGAGGACUUUAGCUUCCGGCUCAUCUCGCGCUUCGGCGCGAACACGCACGCGCCCGAGGACGACAUGUGCCUCGACGUCAAGGACGUGGAGAACUUUCUCCUGGACCGCGGCUACGACCGCGACGCCGACGCGGAGGUCAACGACCCGGACCGGACCUUCGAGCGGGCCAAGGCGAAGACGCGGUCGCUGAAGAUCGCGGGCUUCAUGGACGAGGACGGCAGCGGCGGCGUGAGCAAGAAGGAGUUCCUCGAGUUCUCCAACGAGAACUUCAUAUUUCUGGCGCUCGGCCACGUCUACCAGGAGAUGCUGCGCAAGAAGCAGUUCGGCGAGGCCUACUGGGUCGAGCUCACGAAGCGCCUCGCGAACCGAGGUCGCGACGCGACGGUCCUGGGCUCCAUGCGGUCCUUCCGCGGCUCGCUGAGCGCCGCGCUGGCCAAGGCGAAGCGGCGCCAGUCUAGGAAGUCCGUCGUCGUCUUCCGCACGGCGGGCCAGCGCGACGAGCGCAACGACGGCGGCUUCGAGGGCGGCGAAUUCGCGGCCGCGGCCGAGAAGGCGCCCGACGACGCGCCGCGGCGGCUGACGAGCUCGCUGAACCCCUUCGGGAGCAAGCGGCUCCAGGGCGCGGCGCGCCUCGAGGCCGAGUUCUUCAGCGGCAUCCGGCGCUUCGCGGCGCAGCACUACCCGCGGAAGCCGCCCGAGGGCUGGCUGCCGUACUUCCGCGACGACUUCGGGUUCAUCUACGCGCGGCUCCGCGAGCUCAAGCAGCAGCGGAAGCAGAUCAGCGACUCGGCGCUGAAGCUGCGCAUGCGCAUGUCCGAGGACCUGUGCCGCAAGUUCCUCGACAUCAUCGAGGACCUCGCCACGGACUCGACGACGCUCCGGGGCUCGUUCUACCGCUGGAAGGGCAAGACGCUGCGCCGGAACUGGGACGAGCGGCCCAUCCACGCGGACAUCACGGAGCGGCUCUCGCGGACGCGCAUGGGCGCGGAGCUCGCGGAGGAGGCGCUCGAGGAGCACGUGCGCCGCGCGGAGCAGGGCGAGGGCUUCGAGGACCCCAAAACGCUGGACCGCGCGGCGUCGGGCGCGGCCGCGGAGCAGCGGAAGCGGCGCGAGUCGCUCGCGCGCGCGCGGGGCGCGCCGGAGGAGCCGCAGCACGUCGCCAUCGUCGUCCAGCCCGCGCCGACGCGCGGCAUCCCGGUCAUCGUCGAGGAGACGGGCUCCGCGGGCAGCGGCUCGUCGCGGCGGACCCACAACACGCCGAAGAUGACGCCGAGGGUCGAGGAUGCCUACGGCCUGCCGCCGCUCCCGCUCCGCGCGAACCCGAUCUACCGGUCGGUGCGGCGCCUCGCGCCGCUCUCGCCGGAGAAGCGCGCCGCGGCGCGCGAGUACGCGCGGAGCGCCGCGGCCGCGGGGCGCAAGCUGCCCGCCGCGGACGCGACGGUCGUCGUCCGCGGCAAGCACGGCGUCGCGGGCCGGCCCCGCGGCGGCGUCGGCGGCUCGGACCUCCUGCGGCCGCGGCCGGGCGCGCCGCGGCCGGGCGCCUCCAAGCUCACCGUCGUCCAGCCCCGGCGCGGGCCCGUCCGCGUGCUGCUGGCCUUCGUGUCCUUCGUCGCCAUCCAGACCGUGUCGCAGCUGUUGUACAAGCGCGCGCAGAGCGGCGGCGCCUAUCGCAUCAACGCGGCGGGGUCCAUGGUGUUGGCCGAGGGCAUCAAGCUCGCCAUCUCGCUGAGCUUCGCCUACCGCGAGGCGACGCCGCUGCGCCUGCCCGCGGCGUCCAUGGUCGGCUACGCGUGCCUGGCCCUGGGCUACGCGGCGAACAACCAGCUCACGUUCGUCAUCCUGAAGCUCGCGAACCCGGGGCUGCUCUCGCUCGCAAAGUCGUGCGCGCCGCUGCUCAUCGCCGUCACGUCCGCGGUCGUAUUCCGCGAGCGGCUGAGCCGGCUCCACUGGCAGUGCGUCGUGCUCCAGGUCUGCGGCAUGGCCGCCAUCUUCUCGCGGCCCGUCGCGGCCGCGGGGAACGACGCGGGCGACGACGCGCUCGCCCACGAAAACGCCGGCUGGCUCAUCGUCGCGGCCUGCGCGCUGACGUCGGGCUGCUCGUCGCUGAACGCCCACCUCCUGCACCGCGGCGCGAACGUGCACGUCCAGAACGCCUGGCUCUACGCGCUGGGCGCCGCGGCGAACGCGUGCUUGUUCGCGGGCGGCGGGGGGCCCUCGGGCGCCGUGGGCUUGUUCGCGGGCUACGACUCGCCCUGGGCCCUGGGGCUGCUCCUGAGCAACGCGCUCUGCGGGCUCGUCGUGACCUUUCUGUACCGCCAGUCGAACGCGGUCGUGAAGACGCUCGCGUCGAACGUGUCGUCCGUGCUGCUCGUCGGCGCCCCCGCGCUCCGGAGCCGCGACCUCGCCGUGCUCGCGGGCUGCGGCACGAUCCUGACGACGACUGUCAUCUACCUCGAGCAGCCCGCGGUCGCGCGGGGCAAGGUCGGCGAGGAGGAGGAACGAAGGGACGGGGUCAUCUCGAGGAUGGGGUCGCGGGACGCGCUCUUAGAUUAG